GCGUUUCAAACGAGUUCCGCUCGGAAUUUGGACCUUGUUUGUCGCGCUGCUGGUGUUUCGGGUGACGGAGAGGCUUUUGUGGAGCUGAAAAGUGAAACGGAGCAGCAGACAGACAUGUGGAAACAGCUAUAAGUUAGCCGCACGUGAACAGAGACUUGCCUCUUCUUGUAGCCUUACAGUGCGUCAAAAUGUAAUCUAUGGCCUCCAGACAAGAUGGGAGCGAUAUGUAGUUAGACUUACUAUUUUGUGUUUUUAAAUCGACUUCGUUUCGCUGGUUUGGUCUCACCUGCCCUGCCCGUCGCCCCAGGCAUUCCCGCACAUUCCUCUGCGCUCUUGUUUUGACACACCGACUCCACCCGCAGCUUUCCCCCAUUCAGUUCCAUUAUGAGGAUUAACGUUAUUUAUUUAUUUAUUUAUAACGGGUUUAAAUUGAGUCAGCUCCCUGCCAGAUUCUUACAUAUGAAGUUAUUUUAUUUCAUGUGACUAUUAAAUGAUACAGGGAGAUUUCAAUGAUAAUAACACGAUGUUAUAGUAGUAUCGACAUCGACUGCAGUGUUUUAUGAUGACGUUUUACUAAAUGUCGAAUGCGAUUUGUAGCCUUUCUUAAUAAUUAACAGGCAGUUGAUUUCUAAGCAUCAUAACUCUUCAUGUUUGCGCUUGAUGAUUUAUCUCUGGUGAUGAGCACCAAGUCUUGGAGGUUGGAAGUUCUCCUUUGCAUCACUUUGAUUUGUAGAUAUUACUACCAGCCAAAGGAAACAUUGUGCUCGGUUGAAAAGAUCGCUUUAAGCCUAGAAUCUACCACAGGUGAGAAACUGUGCAGUGUCGAAGACUGUAAUCAAGGCACCGGAGUGUAUCAGCGACAUGGCUACAUCUACUCCUCCCUUGCUGGUUACGUAAUGAGGAAGAACGAGGGAGAGGAGCUACCGGUGAUCUCAGUGGUGAGGGAAACUGAAGCACUGCUGCUGCCAGAUGUUGGCGCCAUUGUCACCUGCAAGGUGACCGGCAUCAACUCCAGGUUUGCGAAGGUCCAUAUCCUCUACGUGGGGUCCACGCCGCUGAAAGACCGCUUCAGAGGGACCAUCAGAAAGGAAGACGUGAGAGAGUCGGAGAAAGACAAGGUGGACAUUUACAAAAGCUUCAGACCUGGUGACAUUGUGCUGGCAAAAGUUAUUUCGCUCGGGGACGUUCAGUCUACAUACCUGUUGACAACAGCUGAGAACGAACUGGGCGUGGUGGUGGCCCACAGCGAAGCAGGUGCCCAGAUGAUUCCCAUCAGCUGGCGUGAGAUGCAGUGCCCGCAGACCAACGCCAAGGAGUUUCGUAAAGUGGCCCGAGUUCAGCCCGAGUAUCUGGAAGCCUGAGAGACCCUGAAAGUCUGUCACACCACCAACAAACGACUCCUUUUGUCAAGUGGCCUCCCAACUCUUUUUCUCUGGGUGACAUGCGGUUCCUGGGGUGCUUCUCACAUUAAGCGGCUUUACCUCUGCACAUUUUUCAUUGUGCCGGAUUGAACCAACAGAGCUCCAACUAAUGAAAUUUGUUUUUAUUCCAAAUAAAUGGAGUUUGUUUUUAUCAAAGGUCCACAGGCCAGCAACAGGCACGUUCAAAGCCACCCUGAAUUGCUUUAUAGAAUUGUGUCAGUUCAGGGUUUUUACAGUUGAGGUUGCUAAGAUUUUACAGAAUAAAAAAAAAAGUGUCAUUUUUGCGGCAAGAGAGGAGAAGUUUUUGUUCCAAACGCAGGAUUCAGGGUUGCAUCGAUAAGUCUCACGGCAGCAUCAGCCAGAAGCGUCUUUGCCGCUGCUUUGCUGGAAGUUGAAACUGUUAUUUAUAAAAUCCAAAUUUCAGAGCCACUUCUGCAGAGGCCAAGUCUAGACUCUUAUUAUAAUUAAUUGAAUUAUCGGCCCCCUCUGUUUUAACCCGGAGUGGAUUUAUAUUUUGGAUUUCUGGUUGAGGUUGGCACAUUUUAUUUGAGCUGUCAGAGAAAAAAAAAAAAGUAGAGUAAUGUAAAGCGAGUCAUUGCUGGACAUCUAGCAAAGUUUGCUGCCAGAGAAGUUUUUACUCGGAAAACUCCAAACCAACAACGUACCUGGGCUUUCUAAAGUAAUCACACCGCUUUGAACAGUUUCAAAUUUUCACGUGACAAUCGCAACAUGUAAAGCAUUCAAUUAGGAAUUUAUGAGAUGGAUCGACACAAAGUGGUGCAGUAAAGAGAAACGGAAAGAAAAUGAUACAUGUAUUUCAAAACACACAUAAAACAUCUGAAAUGUGUGGUGUACAUUUGGAUUCAGCACCUUUUACUUUGAUUUGACCUCCACGUAAAAAUACAGAGCAACAAGUUGCCUUCAAAACGGAGGUUGUCUGUGUGUGAUUUAAUGUCGCCGUGAAUCCCGGUGUCCUGUGAAGGCUUCAGACGUUCAUUCGUCAACAAACAGCAUCAUGAUGACCAAGGAGCACAGCAGACAGUCGAGGAAUAAGGUUGCGGAGAAGUUCACAGAAAAGAGUUGGUGGCGGCAGUGUCAUGCUAUGGCGGCGCUUUUCUUCAGCAGAGACAAAUAAGCUGGUGGGAGUAGAUGAGUGGAGGUAAAUGGCUGGCAGGCCAGUUAGAAAAUGUGUUGGAAUGGACCAGUUUCAGUUGAAACCAAAGUGGAUUUAAAAAGGUCCAGAGAUUUAGCUUUUUUUAUUUUUGCGAAUAAUAGAUAGGCUUUCCUCCCUGAUUGCAGAAAAACAUAGUUUUACAAAGUAUUGCCGUAAGGGAAGGGAGAUUCAAAAACACGCCGCACCUUUCAGAUGUUUUAUUUGAAAACCUUUUGGAACCCUUGCAUCAUUUUUAUUUCGCUUUAAGAUUAAGCACUACUUUGUGUUGGUUGAUCACAUUAAAUGCCAAUAAAAUCCACAGAAGCUUGUGGUUGCAGUGUGGGAUGUGAAAGUUCGCUUUGCAUAAUUUUCUUUAAGUCGGCGGUCUCAAACUGCAUUCCUCGAGGGCCGGUGUCCUGCAACUUUUAAACACGUCCCUUGUCCUCCACUCUUAACAUAAAUGGCUCAAUCGCCUCGCUAACAUGCAGUGAAGCUCUACAGAUUAGCUGAGGAUCUGGUAUUGGAGUCGGGUGUGCUGAAGCAGAGAGACAUCUGCAAGUUGCUGGACAUCGGCCGUUGAGGACCGGAGUUUGAGACCGCUGCUUCCUAGGGAAAGUUCAAGUUUUAUCUGGGGUCAAAUGGAGUAAUUCUCUACGAACGGUUCCAUUAAAAAUGAAAUCUCUGCCAUCUGAAAUAAGUCGGGCUUCAAAUGUGAGUGCUAUGUUCAGAAUGUCUACGCUGCAUCAUUUGGUUGGUCGUAACAUUGUGACACAGGACGUGUUGACAUGGUCCAUGUUCCAACCAUACACUAAUGGUUUCAACACGGACAGCAAUAAACACAAAGUCAAGGUCAAUUUAGAGGGCGCCUCUUUAACCUCUGAGAGGUUCUGUCGAGUGCCUACUCUUUUACGCCUGCUCUCAUUUUAUACUGCUUUUAUAUGCGUAUAUAUGAGACGUAAAUAAGCAUAGCAAAGGGGAAUCGGGUGGACAGUCCUGCUCAGGGACACUUCAGACCCGAUGUGUUCGUAAAAGCAGCAACACGCUCACUUGAAGCUUUCUGCUUGAGUAGACUUAGAGGGUGGAAAGUUUUUUUCUGAAUGGGCCUUUCCUGAGUAUUUAAUCUUUUCUGAGCUUUGACUGCUGUCUGUUGUUCAAACACUCCAUUAAACCGCAUGAAAAAAUAUUGAAACGCCUCAUUAACUUCUAUUAAUUUACGUAAUUAAAUGGGAACAAAUUAGCCUUAAAACCUUGAAGUGGUUGGAACGUGGAUAUUUGUAACACAGGUUGGCUUUUUGUAUAAACGCAUGAAUUAGCAGUAAGCAUCUUUCCUGCAGGUUGUUGUUCUGUGGCUGGUCAAUAAGAAUUUACAGAACGAUGAUCCAUGUUGUAUGGCAUGUAUUUUUUGUGUCCUUGCAAGACUUUGUGUUUUUAAAGUGCGACUGGAAAGCCCAAAGCAAAGUGACUUUAACAAGGCUGCCUUGCUUGGAACACAAUGAAACACGAUGUACGAUUCCAGCACAAUAUUCCAGCUGAAUGUCUGCGAGCCAUCAGUAACAAACCUGAUUUUCUGCUUUUCUUAAAGUUAACUUUUCCUUUUAUUCUGUCCCUGACUGCUAAUGUGCAGGAAUGAAAUUAAAUGACUAUCAGAGCA